AGGCCAGAGCCAGCCCUGGGGGGCCGGGAGCACUCUUCCCGAGGCCCUCUGUCCAGCACCCCCAGGCUGAGGUGCCCAGCCUCCACCAGCGGCUCCCAGGCCUAAUAGGGAAAAGGGGGGUGGACGUCACUUCGUCCUCACCCGUCCCCAAGCAGGGCUCAGGGUGUGGUGGAGCUGCUGAGAGUCCAGUUCCCCCGGAGCUUCUCAAGGGGUCUUCCUGCCCCACACACAGCAGCAGGGGCCCCAGUGGGCGGCCGAGGGCCUCCUCUUUCAUUGAUAGAAAUCGCAGCAGGCUGCUGAACCCCGCCCCCACAGACAGGCUAAAAACAGCCCUGGCAGCUGAGCCCGCUGAUUGGGAUCUGCCGGAAGAGACCGGAAGAGACGUGAGGCAGGCAGGCCCAGGGGGCGGGAGCGCAGAGGGAGAGUGGGAGAAGGCGGCCCACUUCCUCCCGGGGCCACAGCUGCGAGGAGUGCCCCACGCCCCACGCCCCACGCCCCACUCCCCGGCAUCGCGAGCCUGAAGUCACUUGCCACCCGUGAUCACAGCGCUCUGGCCCACGCCGGGACAGCACUGCUUUGGCAUCCUCCAGGGGGUCCCCACCCCCCACAAGAUGCUCCAAACAGAGUCCCAUGUGUUUCCUUCCCUACUCAGGCCAGAGCGGUGACGGGCAGCAGGAGUGCUUCUAAGUCUGGCCUUGGUGUUGGUGACUGAUCCCCCGUGGGCCAGGCUGUGGCUGGGAACUGGGCGGGGGGGCGGGGCUCUCUUCUCCUUCCGCCUUGUUCCCAUGGUGGAUUUUCCCUCAAAAGCUAAGGUACUUUUAGACCCCCUGGGAGGCUCUGCCAGAUUGUAAGGGGGAAAAGACACAACUUCCUACUCUCAUGGGGUUUCCAGAGGGCAGCGUCAAACCCCCGGAGAGCCGGCACAGGGCCAGCACCCGGGCUGGGCACCUCACACCAGCUCCCAAAAGGAGCUCGGACUCGUCUCCGUUUCUCACCUGAGAACACGGAGGCUCAAAGGGAGUCGGGGCGCUUCACCAGCCACAGGCUCAGCCACCGAGUCCCUCAGCCCCUUGCCACUGAUCGGUAGAAUCCCACAACGUACCCUGUCACAAGAGGUGUGCCUGUGCCAGGACGAGGUGACAGAUGACUACAUCGGGGACAACACCACGGUGGACUACUCGCUCUUCGAGUACGUGUGCUUCAAGAAGGAUGUGCGGAACUUUAAGGCCUGGUUCCUCCCCGUCAUGUACUCGGCCAUCUGCUUCGUGGGGCUGCUGGGCAACGGGCUGGUGGUGUUGACCUACAUCUACUUCAAGAGGCUCAAGACCAUGACCGACACCUACCUGCUCAACCUGGCCGUGGCCGACAUCCUCUUCCUCCUGACGCUUCCCUUCUGGGCCUACAGCGCGGCCAAGUCCUGGAUCUUCGGCGUCCACUUUUGCAAGCUCCUCUUCGGGAUCUACAAGGUCAGCUUCUUCAGCGGCAUGCUCCUGCUCCUGUGCAUCAGCAUCGACCGCUACGUGGCCAUCGUGCAGGCCGUCUCGGCCCACCGCCACCGGGCCCGCGUGCUGCUCAUCAGCAAGCUCUCCUGUGUGGCCAUCUGGCUGCUGGCCGUGCUGCUGUCCACCCCGGAGCUGCUCUACAGUGGCCUUCAGAAGAGCAGCAGCGAGCAGGCCCUGCGGUGCUCCCUCAUCACCCAGAACGUGGAGGCCUUGAUCGUCAUCCAGGUGGCCCAGAUGGUGAUCGGCUUCCUGGUGCCCCUGCUGGUCAUGAGCUCCUGCUACCUCGUCAUCAUCCACACCCUGCUGCAGGCACGCAACUUCGAGCGCAACAAGGCCAUCAAGGUGAUCAUCGCCGUGGUGGUGGUCUUCACGGUCUUCCAGCUGCCCUACAACGGGGUGGUCCUGGCCCAGACAGUGGCCAAUUUCAACACCACCAGCAGCAACUGUGAGCUAAGCAAGCAGCUCAACAUCGCCUACGAUGUCACCUACAGCCUGGCCUGCUUCCGCUGCUGCGUCAACCCUUUCCUGUACGCCUUCAUCGGCGUCAAGUUCCGCAACGACCUCUUCAAGCUCUUCAAGGAACUGGGCUGUCUCAGCCAGGAGCGGCUCCGGCAGUGGUCUUCCUGCCGGCACACCCGGCGGGCCUCGAUGAGCGUGGAGGCUGAGACCACCACCACCUUCUCCCCGUAGGUGGCUCCUCUGCCUGGACCAGAGACACUCCCCCUCCCCUGGGACCCCCUGCAGUGGGGACCAGGAACAGACGCAAGGACCCACCUGGAAGCUGCUGAGGGCAAAGCAGUUCUGGCCAUGACCCCAGAGCAGAAACCUGUGCCCCCAGGAAGACGGCUGACUCCCAACCCUAGCUACCUCGAACCAAGGCUGCGAAGAGAAGUGGCUGAUGGACCUACGCCGGAACCAGCGAAGCUGUUGUGCCCUAAACAGAAGGCAGGAGUGAAUGUCACGCAGCUACACACACCUGCAGGGGACGGGACUGGCGCGUGCUGCGGUAGUGGACCUGGGCCUGUGAGUCCUCCGAAUGACUUGGAAAGAGGCUGCCCCAGACAUUCCAGGGCCAAGGCCAGGUCUUCCAGAAAACCAGGCCUUGUCUCCGAGACCACUAUGGUGGUAGGGAGACCUCCUGGCCUGGGGCGGGAAGUAGGGUGUGAGCUGGUGAGAUGAACUCUCUCUGAAUCCCUCCCUCCAUCUCUCUUGCCCCACUGUCAUCUAUGCCAGCCGGACUGGCAGCCCCCAGGCUUCCCAGGAGCACACCCUGCCUCCGGGCGCCACCUGCCGGGGAGGGGAGGGGUCUCCUGGGGGCCUGACCUCGAUUCCUCGAUUCUACCCAGGGCUCUGGAGGCAGGUCCUGGCCGUGCAGGGGUGAGGGAGGCGAGGGCAGGGAGAAAGCUCGGGGACAGUGGAGGGUGACCGCCGGCCGCCAGGGGCCAGCGAGCGUCCUGUUUGUUCUUUGUCACAGAAACAGAGAAUCUCUCGCCUCUGUUCUUUCAGCUCAUGAAGAGAGCACGUUUUCCUCACAAAUAAAAGCUUUCCCUUUUCCUUUAAAAGAAAAGGGGUGCAAACCGUCUGGGGUGAAUGGCAAAUAAGUGCGGUCUUGCUUGGCGAUCGCCACGCCCUGCCUGACCUCAAGGACCCUGCUCUCCUGCCUCUCCGGUCUCCACCUCUCAGAGAUGCACGGAGCACAGGUCACUGAGCCACCGGCAGCCUGUCCAAUGACACGGGCCCAAGAGGAGGAGAGGUGGAGGGAGGGCGAGGUCAGGGCGUCGGGCUUGCGAAGGCUCUUCCAGGGCGCAUGCCAACCAGAGACCCCCCUCUGAGCAGGGCUGCGGGCGGCCCGGUCCCCUCCACGGCCAGAAGCGCUGUCGGCUCUCAGCAGUGCCAGCACGCUGCUCUGGCUUGGUCUGUGGCCGUCCCCGCAGACCUCCCAGCGGGCCCAGAGAGCACGGUGCAUGCUGGGGGAAGGAGUCCAGGGUGGAGGCCUUUGCUGGGUGCUCGAGAGCCCUCCGCGGUGUGUGUCCUGGUCCGUUCCUGCCAUUGUUACACAAGAUCACAGACUGGACCAUUCACAAACAAGAGAAACUUCUCUCACGGUUGUGGGUGCCAGGAAGUAUGAGAUCAGGGCAUCUGCCACUGCCGGGCCCGGGGAGAGGCUGCUGGCCGUUGGCUUCCAAGACUGCACUUUCUUCCUCUGGAGGGGACCAACGCCAAGGCCAAGUCCUCACAGGCU